UAAAAGUUUUCGCCAAAAAAUAAUAUUUUAAACGGAAACUAAAAAACAAUGAAGACGUUGUUCUUUUUUUGUUUUGUAGGCCAUGUGGCUUCAAGUUGGGUUAAAGAAAUGGAAAAUAACAAUCUGUUUGAAGGAGACAUGGUUGUGACUCCUGGGGAUGUGAAAUCAAAUGGUUAUGCUAGUAUUAUUGGAGGACGAUGGCCGAACAACAUUGUUCCUUACGAACUUCGAAGAAUGAGUUCAUCAAAUCAUGUCUAUGUUUUAAGAGCAAUUGACGAGUAUCAUAAACACACAUGUCUCAAGUUUGUAAAAAGAACAAACGAAGAUGCUUAUCUAAGCUUCUUUCCUGGCGGAGGUUGUUCCUCACUAGUCGGUUAUAUGCGAGGAAGAGUUAACGAGGUUUCAUUAGCUGGUGGUUGCUUGCAACUUGGAACAGUAUUGCACGAAAUUGGUCACAGUAUAGGUUUGUAUCACGAGCAAAGCAGACCAGAUCGUGAUGAACAUGUUAAUAUUUUAUGGAAUAACAUUGCAUCAAAUAUGAGGUAUAACUUUGACAAAUUUGAUCGUAACACAAUCAACAGCUUGGGAUUUCCUUAUGACUAUCAUUCAAUGAUGCACUAUGAUGAAACAGCAUUUGGUAAUGGUAGAGUAACAAUUACAACUAAAGAUCCGAGCAAACAAAAGAUUAUUGGCAGAGCACAAGGAUUUAGCACUAUGGACAUACAACAAAUUAAUGCUAUGUACAACUGCAAGGGAGGUGGUAAUCCACCUACAGGUCCGCCAACUGCGCCACCAACUGCAGGACCAACUAUUUCUCCAACAGUUCAAUGUAAGGUUGGCCAAGAUUUAGAUGAAAGAUGCGUAGGAUGGGCCAAUACAGGUUAUUGCAAAACAACUGAUCGAAAUUAUUUGGAAAUUAUGAAAAGAAAAUGCUGCAAAUCUUGUCAAGACACAUGCAAUGAUAAAGAUGCAAAUUGUGCUAAAUGGGCCCAGUCUGGUGAAUGUCAAAAAAAUCCAAACUGGAUGCUUCAAAAUUGUUCAAAAUCUUGUUUUAAAUGUAAUUAAGUUUUUAAAAUGAAUAUAUUUUCUAAUAAA